AUGGCACCUUCAGGAGUCCCCAAAUUUAUCAACAAGCUAGCCGGUCAGCGUGUGCUCAUCAUAGGCGGAUCAUCUGGUCUCGGUUUCACGACUGCUGAAGCAGCGAUUGAGAACGGAGCCAGUGUCACUAUUGCAAGCUCUAACCCUCAGAAACUGGAAAAAGCGUUAUAUCGCCUGCGGACUGCGUACAAGUCCUUCCUGCAACCCGGCCAAACCAUUGCUGGUCAGGUCUGUGACCUUUCCAAUCAGCAAACCCUCGAGCAAAACCUUCAUGAACUUCUUCGAGUUGCCGCUGGAGACUCCAAAAUCGAUCAUAUCACUAUCACCGCCGCGCCCAUGCUCUGGCCCCCUCCUUUGAAGGACACCAAAGUUGAGGAGGUAGAAGGUCAUGGCUUUGUUCGCUUGGUGGCUCCAGUUAUGAUUGCCAAACUGAUUCCCCAGUACAUGCACAUGACGCACAAGAGUUCCUUUACCAUGACUAGCGGAUCUCACACCGUCAAACCCGAUCCCGGUUGGGCACUCCAUGCGGCGUAUUGCGGUGCUGUAGAGGCUUUGAUGCGAGCUCUGGCGGUGGAUCUAAAGCCCCUCCGAGUCAAUGUUGUCUCACCUGGCGCAGUCCUCACUGAAGGGGUGAUUGAAAUUCUAGGCGAUGUCUACGAGCGCGAAGUUGAACGAUGUAGGCGGAAUUCGACACUUGGCGUUUGCGGUAAGCCAGAGGAUUUGGCAGAGGGAUAUGUGUACUUGAUGAAGGACCAGUAUGUUACAGGUACAAUCAUUGAAUCCAACGGAGGCAUGCUCCUAGCUUGA